GCAAUCCAGGCAGAAAGUGGUAUGCGCAAAUUGGGUAAAAUAAGCAAGUGACGCUCUAUCCAAAGCUUGAGUUCCCAGCCAAGUCCUUGGGAUGCCCAAGAGCAAGCGUAGUGGAUAGGACCAAGGACAAAAAUCCAUUGGCGUAAGAUGCUUCUGGAAGUCAGCAAGCUAAGCGGCUGAGUCACAGCCACUGCUGGGAUUCCAACACAGCCCUUUCAGCCCCUUGCCUCAUCCUUCACUUGAGGAAGUGCCAAGGAGGAAAUGCCUGGAAGCAGAAAGCUUUCCUGAAGGUCUGCACUCCAUGCUCCAGGCCCUUGGCCCAAAGGUCAGUAACAGCACAACAGGAAGCCGAGCCGGGCUGCCUCCAAGGGCUAGGAAACUACGCAGCAAGUGCUUCAGAGCACUUCCAACAGGACGGAGUCCUCUGGCCAGCAGCCGCCACCCUUGCGUGUCCCAGCGUGGAAAGUCGCCUUCAAUGGAAGCCCGACAGGAUCCGGAGAUCUGCUACUGUCCCCGGGCAGGAAGAUGCUGUGACCACGAGGCCACCUUGGCAUGGAGUUGAACCGACUGCUUCUCCUGACUAUCUUCCUACUCCACAUAAAACCUUUGAGAAUGAUUCCCACACGGUUGGUAUGCGACAGGCGGCUAAUCCAGAAGUACAUUAGUGACAGCAUGGAACUGGAGAACCAAGUGAACCUAUGUGAAGAGCUUCCUUUACUCCAGCAGCCAGUGCUUUUGCCCCAGGUGGGCUUCAGCCUCCGGGAAUGGAUGGCAAAAACAACUCAAGUCAAGGGCCAAGAAGUCCUCCGUGAUCUCCUUACGCUGGUGGAUGGCAUUGCUGCAACCCAGCAAGAACUGAAGCAGCCCUGUCCUUCUGUAUUACUUCAACAGCUUUAUGGGAAAGCCAGCUUCUUUGUGCUGCAUCUGCGAAGUUACGGGUCACAGGAACCAGAAGCAACAAGCCAGCCUGAAGCAGCCCCUGAGUUAACCCCCGAGAGGAACCCCAGGAAGAUCUUCCAGACCUAUAGACAGCUCCUGCAAGGAAAGAUCCACUUCUUCUUCAAUGACCUGAGGAGAGAGUCCUCUUGUGGCCUGGAUCAUCAUGCCCGGUCCAGCGAGCAGGUUCAGCAUCCUUCCAAUUGAGCCACUUCAAAGGGCCAGCAGUGAAAGACCCUGCAGGCUCCAGGCCUAUGCUGUCUGGAGAAAGGCAAAGCAAGGCAAAUGGCUGACCCUUUGGUGGCCAAGAAAGGAAGAGCAGUGCUUCCCAGACCUUUGGAGUCAUGGCUUGGGGCACAAUGUUAGACAUGGAGAAAGGAAUACCAUGAUGCCAUCUUCAGAGAAGUCUGAGCCCUCCUCAAUAAAUAGCAGCUGCAAGAAAAAGGAAUCUCAGAGCCGAGUCAGUCCACCUCUCAAAAGGACUACACUCUUAGCUCCAUUUUUUUUUAACUUGGGCUGAAAUCCUAGCACCUCUGAUGUACUGUAUGGAGCAAGAACAGGCAGGAAGGAACUGACAUUGACAAUUCUCGGGAAAGCAGUUUACUACAAGAUUCCAGGAUUUUGUUGCACGGCCAACACAGUUGCUCUUUAAUAUGUCUUCCAGGAUCACCCUGGAUGCUGCUUAACAUCAUUUCCCUGCAAGAAGUUGUCCUUACCAAUUGAUCACUAUGUCCUUUAAGGAUAUAUUGCUUGUAAGACAAGGAAACUGAGACACAAAAACAAAUACCAGUGAAUUUCAGCUCAUCAGUAAUCCCCGGAUCCUUUGGACUGGUUAUAAUUCCAGUUUCAUUGAACAGUCCAAAAGCAGCCACAUUUUGGUAGGUAACACAUUAUGAAACUGUAAUAAAUUUUAGAGGCAUACAACAUAAUUAUUUGCCUUUUGGGGCGGCUAUUCACGUUAUGUCAAGACCUGCCUCAAGGCACAGCAAAAAGUGUUUAGAUAUUUAAAUGGUUAAAACGGAGGAAACAGGGACAUGUUUUAUUGUUUUCUCCUAUCUUAAACCUUCCUUGGAAUAAAACACAGGGUACUUGGGACCGUUCGCUGAAAAUUGUAAAUAAGAACAGGGAGACAAUUUUUAAGUAGCAGGUGAAGCAAUAAACCUGUAUGCUUCUUGUGGACAUGCAUUUCAGGCUGGACUAUAGCAGCUUGUCACAGACAAGGCUUGGAGUAAAAGGGAGCUAAAGAAAACUUUCUAUCUAUACCGUUAACAUAAUAAACAUGUGCUUUGUAAAAAAAAAUAAUACUCAUAUUAUUUUUCCAGCCCCAACAAACUGAAAGUCAGAGAGAGAUUAUGUUGAGGAUUCUGGAUGAAUGGAUUUUAAUCUUGGUUAUGUUUAAAAUUUUAUAUAAUGUGAUUUUAUUUUGUAAUGGUAUCUGUUUUUAUAUGAAUUGUUGUUUUGUACACUGUUUUUAGGCAUUGAAUUUUUGCAUAUUUAUUGUAAGCCGUCUUGAGUCCCCCUGGGGAGAAAGGCGGGGUAACAAUGAUGUAAAUAAAUAAAUAGAUUGCCAAGGUCUUGCACAAAGCAGGUUAGAUGUAGUCUCAUGGAACUAUAAAGGAGGAUUAAUGUGGUGUCUCUAGAAUCUCUAGGUAAAAAAAUAGUCCUUUUCACUUUUAUGAGGGUCAUGUGUCCCUAACCCCACUGAAUAUUGUAAAUAUUAAAUGAGUUUGGGCAACUGCCUAGUAUUUGGAAUUCACCUCUGCACCAUUUUCCUUCACAGGCUUUGUGUGGGCUAUAAUACUUUUCUUCCCUGCCUCUUAUUUUAGUUUUGAAUUGAAAACAAACAAACAAACAAAAAAUGUAAUACUGGGACUCACAAAAAUAGAGGUUCAAAGCAGGGAUUAAAGCUGACAAAGCCCCUUGCAGUCCUGUGGGUCGUGGAUGUUCUGUUAAGGUCAUUUUUUUCCAGUAAUAAAACUCUGAUCUAAACCCUGGAGGAAAUGUGUUCUUGGCUCAGAAUUUGGAAGACUAAUCCAUUUCUGUUACUGAAAUAAGGUAAUAGAGCUCAAUCAGCAAAAUGUGGAAUCCUGACUGCAGUAUCUUGCAGGUCUUAAGAUUCUUGAACCAUUGGUUUUCGAGUAUCAAUGGAUUACACCAUUCAGGAAUGCAGCCAGAUUAAGAAAAAAUCUAUGUUUUUAAUUGAGACAACAAACUAUAGUCAAAGUGAAGGUUGCCCCUACAUUUGAAAGACAGCAACAAGAUUGUGUUCACAGUCUUUCUGAAAUAUCAAGCUGAUUCUCAAGGAUGUAUAUGUAAUAAAAAGGGUUGUUUAAUCAUAGCUGUCUAGACACUUGGAAAAAGAUGAAAUUUCUCCAAUUUGAAUGGGAUUUUUUUUAAAAAAAAUCAGCCUGGUGCUUGACUUGUUCCCCAUCUGGAGCAUUUGGCACCAACAAAGUCCUGAUGCAAUCUGAAAUAAAGAAAGUUUCUUCUGCAGCCACUCAUUG